CCCGACCCGCCCCCCGGCCCGCGGUCCCAGCGCAGCCCGGGCGGUUGCUGAGACUCACCGCGCGGAUCCUGCCCGGCGCCUGGUCCGGACCGCACGCGAGCCGCGGGGAGUAGCCGCUGGAGAAGGGCUCGGCGCCCGGCGGGGACUGCAGGCGAUGACUCAGGAUGCAGCCAGGGGCCACGACGUGCACGGAGGACCGCAUCCAGCAUGCCCUGGACCGCUGCCUGCAUGGGCUCAGCCUCAGCCGCUGCUCCACCUCCUGGUCAGCUGGCCUGUGUCUCAACUGCUGGAGCCUGCAGGAGCUGGUCAGCAGGGACCCGGGCCACUUCCUCAUCCUCCUGGAGCAGAUCCUGCAGAAAACCCGAGAGGUCCAAGAGAAGGGCACUUAUGACCUUCUCGCGCCCUUGGCCCUUCUCUUCUAUUCAACUGUCCUCUGUACACCACACUUCCCACCUGAUUCGGAUCUCCUUCUGAAAGCAGCCAGGACCUACCACCGCUUCCUGACCUGGCCCGUUCCCUACUGCAGCAUCUCCCAGGAGCUGCUCACCUUCAUCGACGCUGAGCUCAAGGCCCCGGGAAUCACCUACCAGCGGCUGGUGAGGGCCGAGCAAGGCCUGCCCAUUAGAAGUCACCGCAGCUCUACUGUCACCGUGCUGUUGCUGAACCCGGUGGAGGUACAGGCGGAGUUCCUUGCUGUGGCCAACAAGUUGAGCACGCCCGGGCACUCGCCCCACAGCGCCUACACCACCCUGCUCCUGCACGCCUUCCAGGCCACCUUUGGGGCCCACUGUGACCUCCCGGGGCUGCACGGCCAGCUGCAGUCCAAGAGCCUGGCCGAGCUUGAAGACAUCUUCACGGAGACCGCGGAGGCCCAGGAGCUAGCUUCUGGCAUCGGGGAUGCAGUCGAGGCCAGGCAGUGGCUCCGGGCCAGGCUGCAGGCAGUGGGAGAGAAAGCUGGCUUCCCCAGCGUCUUAGAUACUGCCAAACCUGGUCAGCUCCGGACCAUCCCCAUCCCUGUCGCCAGAUGUCACACGUACAGCUGGAACCAGGACAGCUUUGACAUCCUGCAGGAAAUCCUGCUCAAGGAACAGGAACUGCUACAGCCAGGGAUCCUGGGGGACGAUGAGCAGGAGGAGGAGGAGGAAGAGGAGGAGGAGGAGGACUUGGAAACGGACGGGCAUGGUGCUCAGAGGGAUUCCCUGCUCUCCACCAGCUCCUCGGUCUUCCACGACUCCACCCUGUCCCUUGCCUCGUCCCAGGCCUCAGGGCCCACCCUGUCCCGCCAGCUGCUGACCUCCUUCGUCUCCGGCCUCUCGGACGCCGUGGACAGCGGUUACGUGGAGGACAGCGAGGAGAGCUGCUCCGAGCUGCCCAAGAGGCCGGGCAGCCAGGAGCGCCGCGGCCACCGCAGGCCCGGGCACAAGUUCAACCGGAUCUAUAAACUCUUCAAGAGCACUGGCCAGCUGGUGCUGCGGAGGGACUCCCGGGGCCUGGAGGGGGGUUCGGACUCGGGCCUGCCGCUGCGGCGGGCGGGGAGCCUCUGCAGCCCCCUGGACGGCCCGGCACCGCCCCCCGCGCGGGCCCAGCGCUCCCGCUCGCUGCCGCAGCCCAAGCUCAGUGCGCAGCUGCCCAGCUGGCUCCUGGCCCCCGCCUCGCGCCACCAGCGCCGCCGCCCCUUCCUGAGCGGGGACGAGGACCCCAAGGCGUCCACGCUCCGCGUUGUGGUCUUCGGCUCGGAUCGGAUUUCGGGGAAGGUGGCUCGGGCCUACAGCAACCUGCGGCAGCUGGAGAACAACCGCCCGCUCCUCACACGGUUCUUCAAGCUCCAGUUCUUCUACGUGCCCGUGAAGCGAGGCCAUGGGGCCAGCGCCUGCCCUGCCCCUGCCAGCCAGACGCCCCCACUCCCCACAGACUCCCCGAAGCACCCCAGCCCUGCGGAGCUGGAGAGCACCAAUGACAUCUCCCACUACCUCGGCAUGCUCGACCCCUGGUAUGAGCGCAACGUGCUGGGCCUCAUGCACCUGCCCCCCGAAGUCCUGUGCCAGCAGCAGUCUCUUAAAGCGGAAUCCCAGCCCCUGGAGGGCUCCUCGGCCCAGCUGCCCAUCCUGGCGGACAUGCUGCUCUAUUACUGUCGCUUCGCCGCCCGGCCGGUACUGCUGCAGGUCUACCAGACAGAGCUGACCUUCAUCACGGGGGAGAAGAUGACCGAGAUCUUCAUCCACUCCCUGGAGCUGGGUCACUCUGCCGCCAUGCGUGCCAUCAAGGCUUCGGGUCCUGGCAGCAAGCGUCUGGGCAUUGAUGGGGACCGCGAGGCCGUCCCUCUAACACUACAGAUUAUUUAUAGCAAGGGGGCCAUCAGUGGCCGAAGCCGCUGGAGUAACAUGGAGAAGGUGUGUACCUCGGUUAAUCUCAGCAAGGCCUGCAGGAAGCAGGAGGAGCUAGACUCCAGCAUGGAGACCCUGACGCUAAACCUGACGGAGGUGGUGAAAAGGCAGAACCCCAAGUCCAAGAAGGGCUUCAACCAGAUUAGCACGUCACAGAUCAAAGUGGACAAGGUGCAGAUCAUCGGCUCCAACUGCUGCCCCUUCGCUGUGUGCCUGGACCAGGAUGAGAGGAAGAUCCUGCAGAGUGUGGUCCGGUGUGAGGUCUCCCCGUGCUACAAGCCAGAGAAGAGCAGCCUCCACGCCCAACCCCAGCGGUCCCCUGACCUGCCGUCCCAGGCCGCACCGGACCUCUGCUCCCUCCUCUGCCUGCCCAUCAUGACCUUCAGCGGAGCUCUGCCCUAGUGGGGCCCUCACAACCCAGGACAGGAAGCCCGGAGCAGGCAGCGUCCACCGAGGCCCUCCCCACAGUGGCCGGUCUCGCUCCCUAUGGAGAACUGGAUGGCCCUCUGUGGGAUCAGGCCCUGCUGUGGGCCCUGCGGCAGACAGCGGGCAGGGGGUUAAUGGUUUCUGGGCCCUCUGGGCUGUGGCCAGCUACACUGCCCCUCAGAUUCCUCACGGUAGAGAGGAGGGGGAUGGAUGAGCUGACCCCAGAGGCCCUGGCCACUGGUGUGGUCUAGGACCCUUUCUAGAAAGAUCUGAGGUUCUGGUGCUCCGUGGUGUGGUUUAGGCCUCCUCUCCCAACCCUCAGCUGGGCCCCCCACCUUAGUUUGUCAAAGUGUUGGGAACACUUUGUAUCUGGAGUUCAGUCCCCUCUACUCUGGGAUUCAGGUGAUAGAAACAAGGUUAGGGGCUUCUUCCCAGACUUUCAGUAGCACCCCUCCCCCCAUCUCUCUCUCUGCCUCACAAGUUCCCUGGGUCUUCUGGGAAAACAGCACUAAUGCUUUACCUGUGUACGCUCAGCCCCGGGAGCCCCUUUCUGGCUCGGAGGGCCUUGGGUUCUACAGCAGUCGGUUACCUGCUAGCUUCUCCGAGCCUCCAUGUCCUCAGCACUAAGACCUUCAGGGGCCUAAAAAGAAAUUGCCCGCCAAGUGCCUGGCCCAGUGGCCCGCUCAUAGCCGGUGCUCAGAACGGAUGAGCGGCCUCACCCUUAAGGGCCAAGUCUCCCCCACCCCCCCACCCGGCACUGGGACACCCUCACGGGCUCUGGGAUGCCCUUCACUCCCCUUUGAGGCAGGACCGAGACUGCGGGGGUGAGGAGUGGUUAGGUUCACCCUCGGAAGGAGGAAUGGCCUUGGCGAGGGUAAGAUGAUGGUUGCACGGGAGCCCCCCAGUCCUCGCCGACUUCUCUCCUGGGUUGGGCCCCAUGACCCCCGCUCCCACGUCAGUCCUUAGCCUGGUGUGUAUGGAGACUUCCAGUCCCAAAAUCCACGGGCCCCAUUCUGGCACCUGGGCGGGAUCCCAGAGGGGUCGAGGGAGAGCCUGGCCUCCAGGUGCUUUGUGCCUGGCUGGGGGGAAUGGGUCAUGGGACAUGAGAGCCAAAAACAUAAAGUUGUCGUGUCUGAGUGGUUUGGAAGCUGGAAGCAUAUGUGGGCUAGGGCGGUAGGGGGGGCGGGCAGGGCCGAGGAUGGGAUUUGGACGGGACAGGUGGCGAAAGCCAUGGGAGAGGACCACAUCCCUCCCAGAGACCCUCCAUCCCCUCCUUCUCCUGCUUCACCUGGCUCCAAAGGUCCGGGCUUACAGGAGCCCCCAAACCCCAACCCAGACUACUCACCACGGAGAGCAGUGACCGGAGCCGGCUCUGCCCUGUGUCACCGCCCCCCACCCGGUCCUCACCCACCUAUACUUGCUCUGGGCUCCGAGAGCAGCCAGCCAUAGACUUUGCAAUGUAUUCUGUUGUGUGAACAGGUUACUACAGGAUAAAGCGAUACCCAUGAAUAAAUGAAUAGAAUUUAAUAUUAUUUUCAAAAACACCUUGAUUCUUCUCCUAUUUCUUGACCCCCUCCCCCAGUUAUUCUGCUGCAUGACGAGUCACUGCUAGUUGCUUCGUUAACAUAAACCCGGUCACAAGCAGGAGCAGCAGCAAUCAGAUUCUUGGGGGAUUGUUCUGUUUAUCUUUUUGUAAAUUUUCCUCUCUAUGGGAAAUGUAUUUGUGCUGGGAUUGUCUCUGACGCUACUCCACCGAAGCCUCAUCCCGUUGCCGAGAGGAAGGGAAGGGUGCUCACUGUCGGCCCUCUGGACGGGGGCUGUCCUUAGACUUGGCUCACAGGGAAGGAGAGAAGAGCCAUGAAGAUGGGAAGGAUGUUGGAACAGACCUGUGACUUGCGAGAAGCAGGUCAGCAUCCGGAAGGCAGGAAAGCAGAUCAGCAUCCUAGCGUGCCUAGGAGUUCAGCUUUGAACUAGGCAUGGAGGAAGAAGGAGCCAUGAGAUGCGCUCUCUGCACCAGCUAGCGACUGCCAACAAUAAAGCACACCGGACACCCAGGUGGGUGAAAACCGUGAUCCCUUACUCUUGCUUGUGCGUCUGCAGGACCUCCAGGGAUCACUCCGUCUAGGUGGGGCUCAGAGCAGCUUGGCUCCAAGCUGCAGGUUGGUCUCAAAGGCACUUCGGGACGCCACGGUAGCAUGAGAGAGGCGUGGUAGGGCCUGGAACUGGUGGGGUGCCUCUUCGGUCAAAAUUCCACCGACCCAAAUCAAGGAAGCACAACGACCCACAGAUUUAAUAAACUCAGCAAAUCUCACACAGGAGAAAAACAAAAUCACACUUUCACUUCUAUUGGUCUUCCCAAAAUCCCAUAUCCACAGUCAGAUCAUGAGGGAAGUGUCAGACAAAUCCAGACUACAGGACAUUCUGUGAGAUAAUCUGACUAGUACUCCUCCAGGAAGUCAGUGGCAUGAAAAACAAGGAAGGGCUGAGAAACUCAAAAGCCAAGGAGGCAGGAAACCUGAAAACUAAAUGCAACAUCGUACCCUGGACUGGAUCCUAAAACCGAAAGAAGAUAUUAAUGGAAAAGCUGGUGAAAUCCCUAUAAAGUCUGGAGUUUAGUUUUUUAACACACACAGACACACACACACACACACACACACACACCUCUCAUUGUAAGACUCCUGGGAGAAAAAAAGAUAAUGAGAAUAUCUUAAAAAUAGCCAAAGGGGGGGGGGGGGGAAUAUAACCUUCAAAAUAUAACCUUCAAAAGAUCAAUAAUUAAACUGAGACCUCCCUUCUCAACAGAAACAUUGGAAGUCAGAAAACAAUGAAAUGACAUCUUUAAAGUGCUGGAAAAAAUUCAGUCUAGAACUGUCCAGUGAUUUUUUUUUUUAAUACGCUGCUCACAAGAGACACUCUUUAACUAGAAGAACACAGAAAGUCU